AUGUCAACCCCAAAUGGUAACGGCAAGGCAAGGGCCAUCCCCUCGCCUCGUCUCGCCACCGCCGACACCUCAGCUUCCACUCCCAUCCGAUCGCCUUCGCGUACAUUCAACGAGGGCCUUGGUCACGCCUCUCCCUCGCUGCCCAACAUUCCGCCACGCGUAGGCUCGCCAUCGGGAGAGCCUCUCAACCUCUACUCCACAUCGCAGCAGCAGCGUCACGAUUCUUCCAACUUUCCUAGAUCAUUCUCCAUCGACCCGCCUUCGCGUGACAGCGCUUCCCUCGCUCCCCCCAACGCUGACUCCGCCCUCUCGACACCCAGCAACAUCGACAACCUCGACUCUUUCCCCUUCUCGGACGAGCGCAAGGCACGCAUCAUCGAGAGACACCUUGCCCGACCUGACGCCAACCGCGACUCGAUCUCUGCCGCUUCUAUCCCAUCCACCGAGCACACCGACGAGGACGACGAAAACGACGACAGCCGAGACGCGCACGGCUCGUCGACCCCCAAUCCUGCUGCCACGUUGGGUGCAGACGGCCCCAGCGGAUCGCCCUCCGAGAUCGUGCUCGAGGAUGUAGAUCAGAGCUACAUUGGCCCUCAUCAGAUGCAAGGCGGUGCCAUCACCGACGACGUCUAUCGUUGGGCCCACAAGAAUCGCAGAGUUUCGGCAAGACGUACCCGUAGUGAGAGCCUCCACAUGCCUCGCACCGCCACCAUCGACCCCGAGCUCGAUGUUCAGGGUAUCAAGGAGCCAGGUGGAUUCCGUCGAUUCUUCGUCAUCAACCAGGCUCAAGAGCAGGGUCGCCCACCUCCGAGAGCGCUCCGCAGCUUCAUUGAUUUCCUCAGCUUGUACGGUCACUUUGCCGGAGAAUUCUUGGAGGAGGAUGACGAGGACGACGACGACGACGACGACUAUGAAGAGAACGAUGAUGAGCGCGCUAUUCCUGGAACCAGCCGAGCUGCCGGCAAUGGCGACACUGAAGAUUCGGGCCUUCUUCGUAGACGCAGAGGACUGCAGAGAAACGAUACUCAGGCACGUAUGCGCAAGGCCAGCAAGGAGCGUCGCCGCGGUGAGGCAACGGUGCUCGAUGCUGUCAUGAUGCUGCUCAAGUCGUUUGUCGGCACGGGUGUGCUCUUCCUCGGCAAGGCCUUCUUCAACGGAGGUCUGCUCUUUUCCACCUUAACGCUGUGCGCGGUCGCCAUCAUCUCGCUCGUCUCGUUCCUGCUGCUGGUCAAGACCAACCUCAACUGUCCUGGCUCGUUCGGUGACAUGGGUGGCAUCCUCUACGGUGAGCGAAUGCGUCUUGCCAUCCUGGCUUCGAUUGUCCUUUCCCAGCUCGGCUUUGUUGCUGCCUACACGGUGUUUGUGGCGCAAAACAUGCAAGCUUUCGUCCUCGCCGUGACGCACUGCAAGACGCUGGUGCCCGUCUGGAUGCUCAUCCUCGGCCAGAUGGCUGUCUUCUUGCCCCUCUCGCUCAUUCGAAGGAUCGCCAAGCUGUCGACGACUGCGCUCAUCGCCGAUGUGUUCAUUCUGUUCGGUAUCGUUUACCUGUUCUAUUACGAGAUCGGCAAGGUGGUCACGGAUGGCCUGGCCGACGUUGUCAUGUUCAACAGCAAGGACUUCCCGUUGUUCAUCGGUACCGCAGUGUUUACCUUUGAAGGCAUUGGCCUGAUUAUCCCUAUCACCGAGUCGAUGAAGGAGCCCGAGAAGUUCCCUCGCGCACUCACGGGUGUCAUGGCAGGUGUCAUGGUGCUCUUCGCUUCCGCCGGUGCGCUUUCGUACAUGGCGUUCGGAUCCAAGAUCCAGACGGUGGUCAUCACCAACCUUCCGCAAACGUCACGAUUCGUUCAGGCAAUGCAGUUCCUCUACAGCAUCGCCAUCCUUCUCUCGACGCCCUUGCAACUCUUCCCUGCGCUUGCGGUGCUCGAAAAGGGGAUCUUCACCAAGAGCGGCAAGUACAACUGGAAGGUCAAGACCGAAAAGAAUCUGUUCCGAUUCUUGGUGGUGGCGGUGAGCUGUUUGGCGGCUUGGGCAGGAGCCAACGAUCUGGACAAGUUCGUCUCAUUGAUCGGAUCGGUGGCUUGCGUGCCGCUGUGUUUCAUCUACCCUCCGCUGUUGCAUUUGAAGGCGAACGCGACUAGGCCUGCGACCAAGGCUUUGAACUACGCCAUGCUGGCGUUUGGAGUGGUGUGCGUGGUGUUUGCGGGAAGUCAGACGGUCAAGGCCAUGUUGGAGAGUGGUCAGCCGAGUGGACCGCCGAAGUGUUCGCCGAAGUAG